UCGAAUCUGAGUUGAAGAAAACAGAACUGAAGCUAUCUAAGGAGAUAUCCAUGAAUGAGGGUAAGAUAAAAGUACAAGAGGAUCUCUACAACUCAGCAAUCGAGGAGCGUGAUGAUGUUUACAAACAAUUCGAUGCACUCCAGGAGAAGAUUUCUGACCUCAAUGCACAGUUGACAACAUAUCAGAACAUCGAAUCAGAGAAGAAACAAUCCGAGGAGGAGUUUCAGAAGAGCUUUGAAACAAAGGAAACAACAAUUUUCCUUCUACAAAGAGAAAAUGACGAGCUCAAGGGAAAGCUUGAUGAGUUAAAGACCCAGAUCAACAGUUCAAAGAAUCUUGAAAUCGAGGAUCUUGAGAAUACGUUGGCUUCACCUUUGAAAUUGAAUCCAUUCAUAACAAACCGGUCGGAAUCUGCAAUGGCAGCAGCACCAGGGUCAUCAACAUCCAAAUCAAAGAAGAGAGUAUUCUCUAACAAAAGCAAUCCGUCUGCUUCCACUAUUGCACAGACAAAUACAGAUCUCAUCGACGAUUUUGAUAUAGAAGAUGACCUUCCAAGUGCACAACCAGAAGUCAUAUUCAAACCGAGAAGGUAUACAAAGAGGAAGAGAACUUGCAAAUGAUGAAUGAGCAAUAUAUACAAGACUAAUUACAAUGCUAUUUCAAGAGAGCUAACUUCAUUCCCUUUCAAUCUCCUCCCAUACCCGUUUUCCAUCCAACCGGUGCAUCAUCUUCACCCGCUCACCUUUAGUGUCAUCAAUGUGCAAGACUGGAACAUCAAAGCAGUAUUUAUCCCACCAGUGUGUAUUCAUAACAUCUGAGAUGUCCACGUACUGAAACUCAACGUUCUUUUGUGGGAAUUCCUCAGAGUCUAUUAUGUCCAUCAUCACCUGUUUAGCCCUAUCGCACAACCCACACCCUUCCUUACCAAAAAGCGUUAGAACCUUCCUUGGUUGCUUAUAACAGUACUGUGAAGUCGAGAUUGACCGUAUGAGCCGCUGUCUAUGUGUGAUUAUUCCUCGCAACAUUGCUCUUUCUUUCCGAAUUGAUAAUAUCUAUGCUCUUCCUUCUCA